UUGGAAGCUCUCCGUCUGUUCCUGUCAAGCUCUGCUUUCGUUUCAGAGUCUCAUUAGUCCAUCCCAAACAUCAUGGAGCCCUAUGAUGACGGUUUUAUCGAGGAGCAGGAGGAGCAGGAGGAGGAACGCACCGAGGAGAAGAUCAUUAAUGAAGAGUACAAGACAUGGAAGAAGAAUGCACCCUUCCUUUACGACAUGAUCCUGAGCACAGCGCUAGAAUGGCCCACUCUCACAACACAAUGGCUGCCGGACAAGCAAGAAGUUCCUGACAAGCCUUACUCCACCCAUCGCCUGCUCCUAGGCACUCACACUUCAAGCGAUGCACAGAACUACCUGCAGAUAGCCCAUGUGCAACUACCCAACCCGAACGCUCCUAACCCUGAUGAUUACGAUGAAGAACGUGGGGAGAUCGGUGGCUAUGGUGGCAGCUCGAAGAAGGCGCCCAUGGAGAUCAAAUUCAAUAUCGUGCAGAAGAUUGACCACAAGGGCGAGGUGAACAAGGCGCGAUAUCAGCCACAGAACCCCAAUGUGAUUGCCACAAUGUGUACAGAUGGAAGGGUGAUGGUUUGGGAUCGUUCAAAACACCCGAGUCUCCCGACUGGCACCGUCAACCCCCAGAUGGAGCUUCUGGGGCAUACACGGGAAGGAUUUGGUCUCAGCUGGAGCCCCCAUAAUGCGGGACACCUUGCGACGGGUAGCGAGGACAAAACCGUCCGUCUUUGGGAUUUGACAACAUACACCAAGGGCAACAAGGCGCUCAAGCCUGUACGAACCUACACUCAUCAUUCCUCGAUUGUCAAUGACGUCCAAUACCAUCCUCUACACUCCUCGCUCAUCGGAACGGUCUCAGACGAUAUCACCCUCCAGAUUCUGGACAUUCGAGAAGCAGAGACUACGCGCGCGGCUGCUUCGGCUGAAGGCCAGCACCGGGAUGCCAUUAAUGCCAUUGCGUUCAACCCCGCGGCGGAGACUGUUCUGGCCACGGGAUCUGCAGACAAAUCGAUUGGGUUGUGGGAUUUGCGUAACCUGAAGAGCAAAUUGCAUGCGCUGGAAUUCCACACGGACUCGGUGACCUCGAUAUCCUGGCAUCCGUUUGAGGAAGCCGUGUUGGCGAGCGCCAGUUACGACCGUAAGAUUAUGUUCUGGGACCUCAGCCGAGCGGGUGAGGAACAGACCCCCGAUGAUGCACAAGAUGGACCACCAGAGUUGCUUUUCAUGCAUGGUGGCCAUACCAAUCGCAUUUCGGAUUUCAGCUGGAACCUGAACGAUCCAUGGGUUCUCUGCUCCGCUGCCGAAGAUAAUCUGCUUCAGGUGUGGAAGGUGGCCGAUGCUAUUGUUGGGAAGGAUAUGGAAGACGUGCCGACGGAGGAACUGGAGCCCUGAGCGAAAUAAUCCUGGAUCUUCUUUUUAAAAUCAGAUGUGAUUCUGAGAGGUAAAUCUAAGCCAUGUUUCCUGUCUACCUAAUCUCUUUCUGCUUCAUCAAAUCACUCUGUGAGAUGAAAUAAAUCCAUGACCAUAUUU